CUUCCUCCGGCGAAACCCCGCCUCCCGCUUUCUCUUCCAUUGGCGCGCACCUACAGCUCUGUGGCCGUGCUUCACCGCACCUCCCCGGCCGAAGAGAGCUCACCGUGGUGGAGCAGUGUGCGACAGAGUAAACGGAGCAGGCAUGAACGCAGCGGGCGAUGUUCGGGCCGGUUCGUCAGCCGGACCCGUCCAGCAGGGACUGAAAGAGGCUCUGAUUGAGACGCUAACGGCCAUCCUGUCUCCGGUUCAAGAAGUGCGCGCUGCCGCGGAGGAACAGGUCAAAGUGCUGGAAGUGACUGAGGAAUUUGGUGUCCACCUAGCAGAACUCACAGUUGACCCUUGGGGGGCACUUGCCAUCCGUCAGCUGGCCUCUGUCAUUCUGAAGCAGUAUGUGGAGACUCACUGGUGCUCCCAGUCAGAGAAGUUCAGGCCUCCUGAAACCACGGAUCAGGCUAAAGCUGACAUCAGGGAGCUGCUCCCGAGCGGUUUGCGAGAGUCCAUCAGCAAAGUUCGCUCCAGUGUCGCCUAUGCCGUGUCAGCCAUCGCCCACUGGGAUUGGCCCGAGGCGUGGCCGCAGCUCUUCACCCUCCUGAUGGAGAUGCUGGUCAGUGGAGAUGUCAAUGCUGUGCAUGGGGCUAUGAGGGUCCUCACAGAGUUUACCCGAGAGGUGACCGAUACCCAGAUGCCUCUGGUGGCUCCAGUCAUCUUACCUGAGAUGUACAAGAUUUUCACCAUGGCUGAGGUUUACAGCAUUCGUACCCGCUCCAGAGCUGUGGAGAUUUUCACCACCUGUGCCAACCUGAUCUGUGCUAUUGAAGAGCUGGAGAAGGGUGCAGCCAAAGCCUUGAUCUUCCCCGUGGUGCAGCAGUUUACGGAGGCGUUUGUGCAGGCUCUGCAGAUGCCUGAUGGACCCUCAUCUGAUAGUGGGCUGAAGAUGGAAGUCCUGAAAGCGGUGACGGCAUUAGUGAAGAACUUCCCCAAACCCAUGGUGUCUUCCAUGCAGCAGAUCUUACCCAUCGUGUGGAAUACACUGACUGAAAGUGCAGCUUUUUAUGUGAGGACAGAAGUGAACUACACAGAGGAAGUGGACAACCCCGUAGACUCGGAUGGGGAAGUUUUGGGAUUUGAAAAUCUGGUGUUCAGCAUCUUUGAGUUUGUCCACACCCUGCUGGAGAACAACAAGUUUAAGAGCACAGUGAAAAAGGCUCUGCCUGAACUCAUCUACUACAUCAUCCUCUACAUGCAGAUCACCGAGGACCAGAUCAAAGUGUGGACGGCUAACCCUCAGCAGUUUGUUGAAGACGAGGAUGAUGAUACAUUCUCCUACUCUGUCAGGAUCUCUGCUCAGGAUCUGCUGCUGGCUGUGGCUGCAGAGUUUCAGAACGAGAGUGCGGCGGCCUUGGCAGCAGCAGCAACCAGACACCUCCAGGAGGCAGAGCAGGCUAAAAGCAGUGGUAAUGAGCACUGGUGGAAGAUUCAUGAGGCCUGCAUGUUGGCUCUGGGUUCAGUAAAGACCAUCAUCACAGAAAACGUGAAGAACGGUCGGAUCCAGUUUGACAUGCACGGCUUUCUAGCCAGCGUCAUUCUGGCGGAUCUCAAUCUGGCAGCUGCAUCGCCGUUCCUCCUCGGCCGGGCUCUGUGGGCAGCCAGCCGCUUCACAGCAGCCAUGUCUCCAGAGCUCAUCCAACAGUUCCUCCAGGCCACCGUCAGCGGCCUCCACGAGAGCCAGCCGCCAUCCGUCCGCAUCUCUGCGGUUAGGGCCAUCUGGGGAUACUGUGAUCAGUUGAAGCUGUCUGAGAGCACACACGUCCUUCAGCCCUUCCUCCCCAGUAUCUUAGAUGGACUGAUCCAGCUUGCUGCGCAGUUCAGCUCGGACGUGCUCACACUUGUCAUGGAGACUCUCUGUAUCGUCUGCACAGUCGACCCGGCCUUCACCACCAGCGCCGAGAACAAGAUCUGCCCCCUCACAAUCGCCAUUUUCCUUAAAUAUAACAAUGACCCUGUGGUGACCUCUCUGGUGCAGGACAUCUUUAAGGAGCUGGCUCAGAUCGAAGGCUGCCAGGGCCCCAUGCAGAUGCGCCUCAUACCCACGCUGGUCAGCAUCAUGCAGGCUCCGCCUGACAAGAUCCCCUCUGCGCUCUGCUCUACGUCUGUAGACAUCCUGACUACGGUUGUCCGAAACACGAAGCCCCCUCUAUCAGAGCUGCUGGUGUGUCAGGCGUUUCCUGUGGUGGCUCAGUGCACCAUACGCACAGACGACAACACCAUAAUGCAGAAUGGAGGCGAGUGUUUGCGGGCGUACGUCUCUGUCGCCCUCGAACAAAUAGCCCAGUGGAGGGACGAGCAGGGGAACAGCGGUCUCUGGUACGUCAUGCAGGUGGUGAACCAGCUGCUGGACCCACGAACUUCGGAGUUCACUGCCGCCUUCGUGGGCAGGCUGGUUUCCACGCUGAUCUCCCGUGCAGGAACGGAGCUCGGGGAUCAGCUGGACCAGAUCCUCCGAGCAAUUCUGAGCAAAAUGCAACAAGCCGAGACUUUGAGCGUGAUGCAGUCCCUGAUCAUGGUGUUCGCCCACCUGGUCCACUCUCAGCUGGAGCCUCUGCUGGAGUUUCUGUGCAGUCUGCCGGGGCCAACAGGAAAGCCCGCCCUGGAGUUUGUCAUGACCGAGUGGAUGAGCCGGCAGCAUCUCUUCUAUGGACAGUACGAGGGGAAAGUCAGCACGGUGGCGUUGUGUAAGCUGCUGCAACACAGCAUCAACGCUGAUGACAAACGUCUGCAAGAUAUUAUGGUGAAGGGAGACGAAAUUUACAGCGCUGAAGACGGCAUCCGCACGCGCUCUAAAUCUGCCAAGAAUCCAGAGCGCUGGACCAACAUUCCUUUGCUCGUGAAGAUCUAUAAGCUGAUCAUCAACGAGCUGUCGACUGUGAUGGAAGCAAACGCCAGCAGAGGAAACACAGCAGACUGGAGUCAAGAUUCCAGCGGGAUAUGGGACGACCAGGAGGAGGAAGAGGGGGAGGAUGAUGAUGAUGAUGAUGAAGGGCUGGCAGGACAGCUGCUCUCUGAUCUCAUUGCCUCUAGCAAAUACGAUGAUGAUUAUUAUGAAGAUGACGAUGAGGACGAUCCAGAUGCCUUGAAAGACCCCAUAUAUCAGAUCGAUCUGCAGGCCUACCUGACAGACUUCCUGACACAGUUUUCCCAGCAGCCCUGCUAUAGCAUGUUCUCGGGCCACCUCAACAACACAGAGAGACAAACCCUGCAGACAAUAGGCUUGUAGCCCAUCUCUUCAUCCCUUUAUUACAUCAUCAUCAUCUUCUUCCAUAAAUGCACCCUGAAAUGUUCCUCUGUCCCCUUGUGACUAUUCACGAUGAAUUCAGCACAUGGAGACAGGACUGAAGAGGAAAUCUGACAGAUGGGUGGGAUGAGACUUGUGCACUUGCCGCUGACUUUCCCGUGUCGUCGUGAGCGUUGAUGGGAUAAAAGGAUGAAGGACUCUGCAGAUGUGAGGAGUUCUAACGAAGCCUUAGACUUCUGAGGUCUCUUCUUACAGAAAGGUCAUGUCUCCCAGAUAACAGUCAACCUGGAUGAGAGAACGGAAGCGCUUCGCUACGGACAAAUGAAUCAUGACACAUGGGUGGACUGUUUUGCCAUAUUCUGUUUGCAGUUUGGCUGGUCAUUCUCCCGUUUCAGAGAAAUGUAACAAACACUUCUAAGGAAGUUUAUAUCCGUCAAAGGGGAAGACAAACUUGCUUUUGAGGUGACGAAAUAUUGGUGGCCUUAUCUUCCAGAAAACGACAGCUUCUGACAGAAAAAGGACGAGCUCUUAGACCAGCUCUCAUACCUCUGGUGUCAGUUUGGGAAUUCACACUGUUGCCAUGGUGAUUCAAAGACUUGUCAUUUCCACGUACCUAUUACAAUUUACAAUAAAAUUGUUUCUAAAUGAA